UUCUUUUUUGUUGAUUGGUUUGGUCAUUGUUUCAUGAAAAAAUUUGUUCUUUUCUUGUAAAAACAUGGCUAAAGAAAAAAGAGAUUCAUGUGAAUACAAUGCUAUUGGACUUGACGAUGAAAACUUGGAUUCAAGCGGUUCUGURAGCUGUCUUCGUCAAUGUCACUUCAAAAAAGCAAAAGACGAUGAAUUGAAGACUGGGAAUUGCUGUCAAAAAACAAAUAGAUGGUUUCGUCAGUUUCCAAGAGCAACAUGGCCGAUUCUCGUUACCGAGUUUGGCGAACGUUUUUCUUAUUACGGGAUCAAAACCGUUCUUGUGCUCUACCUGACCAAAGAUUUAAUGUUCAACAAAGACGAGGGAAAAUCCAUCUAUCACGCGUUCAGCAUGACCAGUUACUUCACUGGUGUCAUUGGUGCCAUGAUCGCCGAUAGCUUCCUAGGGAAAUACAAGACUAUUGCUUACACUCUCUUUGUUUAUUCCUUGGCCGAGAUACUGCUGACCGUUACUGCUGCGGACACCAUUGGCCAACGGUCAUCGAUCGGUCCUCUGAUUGGCCUGUUUCUUAUGGCCAUUGCUUGCGGYAAUAUCAAGCCGUGUUUGGCUGCGUUUGGUGGMGAUCAGUUUCGCUCUGAUCAGGAACAUCUUCUCGAUUUGUUCUUCGCCAUGUUUUACGCAUCAGUCAACGUUGGAGCCGUACUUUGCAUGUACUUCAUUCCUAUUGUCAGAACCGAUGUACAGUGUUACGGUCGGGAUUGUUACCCGGCAGUGUUUGGUAUCAACACCGUCAUGAUCAUCGURGCCUUCUUGGCAUUCAUUGCUGGAAAAAGCUGGUACACGCUGAAAGAUCCUGCAGGCAAUGUUUUCAUCAAGGUUUUCAAGAUUAUUGGGCACGCCCUCGGUAACAAGUUCUCUGGAAGCGGACCGCCGAACACUAACCACUGGCUGGACAACGCCCUKGACACWUAUGAGAUAAGAAUCAUGUUGAUCGUUUUCAAGGAACGAGAGGUUCACGAUGUGCGCAUGUUGUUACGAGUUCUCGUCAUGUACAUACCGUUACCUGUUUUCUGGGCUCUCUUUCAUCAACAGGGAUCAAGUUGGACUUUGCAAGCAGAGCAAAUGGACGGGGAUUUGGGUCCUCUUGGAACACUGCGCUCUGAUCAGAUACAGGCUCUAAAUCCAAUUCUCGUCCUCAUCCUCAUUCCUCUCUACGACGCCGUGAUCUACCCAUUGUUUGAACGAUGCCAAAUAACUAUGAGUCCAUUAAGACGAAUGACUGGUGGGCUUGGACUUGCUGCUAUAGCGUUUGUCAUGUGCGCCUUUUUGCAAAUCAAAAUCCAGACAGUCGGUGAAGGUCCCAGUAUCCCAUCUGCUCGUCACACAACAACCGAAUUCCUGAACACUGUGCCUUGUGACGUCAGUAUCAAUCCCGCGUCGUUCUUUAGAAUUGACCUUGGAUAUGGAGGGAGGUCUUCGUUGGUUAAGGGUCAGUCYGGUAUUCGUAKGUUCAAUGUCACUAGYGCUAAGUGCAAUAUUUCAAACAGCGUGAUUCAGUUGGACCUGAAGGACAAGAAGGUCGUUAGUGUAAUUAUUGGACACAAGAAUGGCAAAAUGAUGCUAUCACAGCAUUCAAUGAGCAUUCCUGGAGUGAACAUAGAAACAGCAGUUAGUCGUACAAGGUUCCUGUACUCUCCUAACGGUCAAAUGCCCGAUCGAAUCGAUAUCAAGUUAACCAAUAUAAUAAACUCCAAACAGUCGACGGUAGUUGCCAAUAUCAAUAGCACUAACGAUGGAUAUAAGAAUAUACAUACAGGAGAAUACAAGAUAGACGAGAUUAUUGGAUAUGUAGGAGCCAAUGGCACAAAGAGGACUUCGACGUUCAUAUCCACGAAGACGCACCAGGAACGUCCGUGUCUCGUCUGCUUCAGAUUCCUCAAUACGUCGUACUGACUGCUGCAGAAGUCAUGUUCUCAGUUACUGGACUUGGCUUUGCUUACUCUCAGGCUCCAUCUUCCAUGAAAUCCGUGCUUCAGUCCUUUUGGCUGCUGACUGUUGCAUUUGGUGACUUGAUUGUCGUCAUUUUGUCGUCUGCUAAACCUGUCAGCGGUGUGGAUCGUGAGAUGUUCUUGUACGGAGGAUUAAUGGGUGUCAUCAUGAUUGUCUUUGGCAUCAUGUCGUACUUCUAUAAGUACGUCACACCUGAAGAGAUYUCCGAGUCCGAGGGAGUUGUCGCAACCAAUGGAGAAAUACCAUUAGACGAGAAAGGUCAUGACAAUGAUGCCGAAGAAAAUACCAAAAUAUAAAGAAACAUAAAAGAAAUCGUCCUUUUAUAGAAAAGCGCAAAGGGACGUCAUGGGCUUGCUUAUGAAACUAUUUUUGACACACCAUGCAGCCUUUUUUAGCAUUUCUAAAAAAAUUCUUUUUCAGUCAGCUACAUGUAAUUUUUCAUCCUUUAAUAGCGCGCAAAAGAGACAUAAUGUUGGAAACAUGUAAAAUAAUACGUCACUACUACUCCUACAUGUAUUUUUUAACAUCCUUGGAUUUAUAAUCACAUUAAUAGUUUAUUAAUCAUCGCUAGUAUUUACUGAUUUUAUAAUAUUAUAUAUUGUAUCAAAGUACGACUGCUGUUUAGAUCAGAUGACAAYCCUCAUGCGUGUCAAUGAGUUUCUGCAUAUUUAGGUGGUAUUUUAUGAUACGACAUGGUCAAAAAAGGGAGACUAAAUUUUAAUGAGAUGAAUUUGUAAACUUUUGACUGGGGAAUUAAUUGGUUUAUGUCUUAUACAUAUAAUAAACUGAAAUGUAAGCGCUUUAA